AUGAUCUCAAGAGUCAAGGUCCAGCAGGGCUACCGCGUGUGCUACAGGCCCGGCUGGGAUUGCCAUGGUCUUCCCAUCGAGAUGAAAGCAGUCGGUUCCUCCGGCGGCAAAGACAUGACUGCUGUUGAGAUUCGCAAAGCUGCGAGAGCUCUCGCUUCGAAUACAGUGCUGGAACAGAUGGAGGGUUUCCGGUCAUUUGGUGUCAUGGGCGAUUGGGACGCUCGCUGGACGACAAUGGACCCCGACUUCGAGAUCAGGCAGCUGCGCCUUUUCCAACAAAUGGUCCGCCGAGGCCUCAUUUACCGCAAGAACAAACCCGUCUACUGGUCGCCGUCUUCGAGAACUGCUCUCGCCGAGGCCGAACUGGAAUACAAUGAGAACCACGUCUCGACGGCGGCAUACAUCAGAUAUCCCAUCAUCGAUGGCCCCGCCCUCGACGGUUUCGACGGCCAGCUAUACGCCAUUAUCUGGACUACCACCCCCUGGACACUCCCUGCAAACAAGGCUAUCGCCGUUCAUGAUGAUCUGGAAUAUGCCGUCAUUGCUGUCAAUGGAAGCGCUUAUCUCACCGCGGUAACCCGUCUUGAAGCCGUCAAGGCUCUCUUCACCGAUGCGGAACCGGAAGUUAUCGUGCCGUCUCUCAAGGGUUCUGAGCUCAAGGGGUUGAAGUACUUGAACAGGCUUCAAGGAGCGCAAUCAGCCCCUCAACCCAUCAUCCACGCCGAGUUUGUAUCAGCUGAUUCCGGAACUGGCCUUGUUCAUAUUGCUCCUGGUCAUGGUUUUGAGGACUACGAGGCCUGUGCUAAACUUGGCAUUGAAGCCUUUGCACCCAUUGACGACGAGGGACACUUCACCAGCGAGGCUUUCCCUGACGCCCCCGAAAAGUUGACUCAGUCCUCCUCCAUCCUCAAGGGUGGCAGCAAGGCCGUCCUCGCUCUGAUUGAAGAUGAUGUUCUGCAAGCAGCCAAGUACAAGCACAAGUACCCCUACGACUGGCGGACGAAGCAGCCCGUUGUCAUGAGGUCUACAGCUCAAUGGUUCGCCGAUGUUGAUAGCAUCAAAGAUGAUGCCAUCAACGCCUUGAAGGAUGUCAAGUUUAUCCCUGCUACCGGAAGAAAUCGUCUCGAGAGCUUCGUUGUUGGACGUAGUGAGUGGUGCAUCUCUCGUCAGCGUGCCUGGGGAGUCCCCAUUCCCGCACUGUACGACGCCAAUGGUGACGCCGUGGUCACUGAAGAAUCCGUUGACCACAUCAUCUCAGCGAUCCAGAAGCGCGGCAUUGACGCUUGGUUCUCCGAUGCCCCUGACGAGCCCGCUUGGGUGGCCCCAUCUCUCCAAGGACGCUAUCGCCGCGGCACUGACACCAUGGAUGUCUGGUUCGACAGCGGGAGCAGCUGGAGCGAGAGCAGUGGCCAGGCUGAUGUUUAUCUCGAGGGCUCUGACCAGCAUCGCGGCUGGUUCCAGUCCAGUCUCUUGUCCUACGUUGCAGCCCAAAGAGCUGAAAGCGGACCGACGUCUCAGGAACAGCCCAAGUCCCCUUUCAAGACCUUGAUCACCCACGGCUUUACUCUGGACCAAGAUGGCAAGAAAAUGUCCAAAUCCAUCGGAAACACUCUCACGCCUGUUCAGAUCAUGGACGGUACCCUCCUGCCCCCUAUCAAGGUUAGAGGCAAGGCCAAGGUUCCCGGCGCCGGUCCGGUGUACGAAGCUCUCGGCCCAGACGCCCUCCGCCUCUGGGCUGCCAGCUCCGAAUACACCAGAGAUGUCGCCGUUGGGCAAACCGUGCUCAAAUCCGUCCACACAGUCCUAGUCAAAUACCGAACCAUUAUCAAGAUGCUUCUUGGCUCAAUGCACGUGUCAGCUCGCACCGCUCCCAUCACGACCCUGGACCACAUUGCCCUUAUCCAGUUGAAGGAUGUGAUGGAGGAAGUCCGGAAGGCAUUCGCAGCCCACGAGUUUAACAAGGCUUUCGGUGCGCUGAACCGUUGGGUUACCAAUGAUCUGUCAGCAUUCUACCUUGAGGCCAUGAAGGAUCGUCUGUACUGUGGUGACGGCGGUGGUGUGCUGGAACCUAUAUUCCUGGGUUUCCUUCGUAUGCUGUCGCCCAUGACGCCGGUCCUGGUGGAAGAGGCCUGGGACCACCGUCCGGACUGGAUGCAAGCAGACAGUUCCAUCACCCAUCCAAUGUACAGUUUGUACGAUGCUCCGAUCCACAGUAUUGCCCCGCCAUCCAUCGGAGAGGCCACCCUUCGCAAGGACCUCCCCGUCCUCAUGGCCGUCCAUAGCGCCGUCAAGUCUGGUCUAGAGAAAGGUCGUCUGGCCAAGGCCUUGGGAUCCUCGCUGCAGUCCUCCGUCAUUGUGAGCACCGACGACCAACCCGUCGCUGGCGUGCUGGAAAAGUACGCCCACGAGCUUGAUGCCAUGUUCGUUGUAUCCUCCGUCACGACCAACGCCGAGGUUCCUGUUGAGGCCGCGUGGCGUUACGACGAGCCGUUUGAGGUUAAUGGUGUGAAGGGCACCGUUUCCGUGUUGCCGCCCGUUGAGCACAAGUGCUCUCGGUGCUGGAGGUAUCUUGCGCCCAAGGAGGACAGCUUGUGUGGUCGCUGCGACGAUGUUGUGUCCACCUUGUAA